GAGGGCUGCUUCAUCUUCAUUGCAUUGUGUUAAAUCCUGGUCUCCGUGUUCUCCGCCUCUCCAUUUAUUAAACACAGCAACCGAUGGAGUCCUAACCGUGCGCGCGGUACUCCGUCAUCACAUUCUGGCUAUUUUUCGCUACCACCCGGCCUUUCUGCAAUGUCUGGCCUUUCAGAGCCAAACAUUGCACUGGACUGAUGACAGGGGCUCUGGGAAGCGACGCCAAAGGGUGCAUCAACUAGACCCGUCGUAGCUAGGUGCCAAAAAGCCUUGCCAGCCAUGCAUGAAGUACCGCCAGAUCGCGACGGCAGGUACUUGUCCCAGCAACAUUCCGCGUUAAGAGGUACCCUUCUCUGGCCUCCACGCCCGGGCUGAAGUACACCGUUAUGUCGUCUCUUCACCUCUUUGCCUUUUGCUGGCCUUUCCUUGCUUGGAUGAUGUCGGCUAGCUGGAAUUCUAUCCCCGACCCUGGCCUUGUCCAAUGUCGCUUGAGUGGCCUGCGCAAUUGCCCUGCGGAACCUGUUACUGGGGUCGGCCGCCCUGUCCUCUUAAGUCAUAAUUGGCUUGCUCUGUGCACCGACCCGGCCACUGCUAAUUGCUGCGAUGCUUCGUCCAUCAUCCCGGCUUCACUUCCUCCCACACUUUAACCCACUAGACUACUGCACCUUUGGCAAAUCCAAACUGGCACGACCCUCAGACACGACGACACGAGCUUGUCGUCUGUUUAGACGGCUCUCGAAUUGCAUACUGGCUACCCUCUGCAUGCAUCAUCAACAACAACAACAACAACAACAACAAUAACAAUCAGCAGCUCAUGGCGCCCUCCACUUGCGCCUCCUGAGUGUCUGAUUUAGCAAA